CCCGUGCGAGCGCAUCCAUCCCUGGAGCAUCGGCCAGAGGCAAUCUCAAUUUUAGGAGCCACCUGCGAUUCCUGGACAUGCUCUUUCUUAAAUCGUUCCGAGAGUGAAGCAAAUAUGGAGGAUCGGGACGACAACGGUACAAACGAGACGCCAACUUACAUCAAUGUGACGAACGAAAUGCCCAUCGCUUAUGCGGUGCCGCUCUAUGGUUACUUUAUGCCCAUUCUGUUAGUGAUAACUAUCGUUGCCAAUACUCUCAUAGUGGUAGUGCUCUCGAAACGGCAUAUGCGGACUCCUACGAAUAUCGUGCUCAUGGCUAUGGCGCUCUGUGAUAUGUUUACUCUUCUAGUACCUGCCCCGUGGCUAAUCUACAUGUAUACGUUCGGGAACCAUUACAAGCCCUUACAUCCUGUACCUGUAUGUUAUACAUGGAAUGUUAUGCACGAGGUUAUACCCAAUCUGUUUCACACUGCAAGUAUUUGGUUGACACUGGUACUCGCAGUCCAAAGGUAUAUUUACGUGUGCCAUGCUCCUUUAGCUAGAAAGUUCUGUACAUUGCCUAACGUAUACAAAUGCGUGGGUUAUACGAUGUUUGCAUCAAUACUUCACCAAGCACCAAGGUUAUUCGACUCACAAUAUAACUCGGUUGAACUUAGCCCGAAGUUGGCCCUAAGACUGAUCCAGCACGACCUCAGCGAAAAAGGGUCUGUUUGA